AUUAGAAAUGGUAAACCCAAAUUCAAUUGCAUCAUCAGAUUAUAGCGGUCCAAUCGACUAUAGUGCAUCAUAUUAUGGUUUAAGUACAUAUUUUAUUGCAACUAUUGCUCCAUCAACUUGGGGUGCUAUUGGUAUUGGUAUUUCAUUGGCCUUAUCAGUUGUUGGUUCAGCUUGGGGUAUUUGGAUCACAGCUGCUUCUUUAAUGGGUGCUGCUGUCAAAGAACCAAGAAUUCGUUCAAAAAAUAUUAUUAGUAUUAUUUUCUGUGAAGCCGUAGCUAUUUACGGUAUUAUUCUUGCUAUUAUUUUAAAUGGUAAAAUCGAGAAGUUUUUAAAUGUUGAAUUCCCAGCAACUGAUUAUAUGGCUGGUUACAUGAUGUUUGGUGCUGGUCUCUUAGUUGGUUUUUGUAAUGUUUUUUCAGGUAUUUGUGUUGGUAUCAGUGGUAGUGGUUGUGCACUCGGUGAUGCUCAAAAUCCAGCCCUUUUUGUUAAAAUGCUUAUUAUUGAAAUUUUCGGUGGUGCUUUAGGUCUUUACGCUGUUAUUGUCGGUAUUCUUAUGACUACUUCAACUAGCAUUGGUCUUACCAAAGAAUAUGUUCCAGCUCCAACUCCAUCUCCAAAAUAAAUACUUUAACAUAACCUUUUUAAAAAAAAAAUAUAAAAUAAAAAUAUAAAAUAAAAAAUAUAAAUAUAAACUGUUUUUUUUUAGAAAUUAUUUUUUAUAAAAUCAUAAUAAAAAAUAAAAAUAAGU